CAGGCGCAGUUUCGCGGGCUGCGAGCAGCAUGGUGGAGGAGGUGAGCACCCUGAUGAAGGCCACGGUCCUGAUGCGGCAGCCCGGGCGGGUCCAGGAGAUCGUGAGCGCCCUCCGCAGGGGCGGAGGAGACCGCUUACAGGUCAUUUCUGAUUUUGACAUGACCUUGAGCAGGUUUGCAUAUAAUGGAAAGCGGUGUCCUUCUUCCUACAAUAUUCUGGAUAACAGCAGGAUCGUCAGCGAGGAGUGCCGGAAAGAGCUAAAUGAGCUCCUUCACCACUAUUACCCGAUUGAAAUUGACCCCCACCGGACCAUCACAGAGAAGUUGCCUCACAUGGUGGAAUGGUGGACCAAAGCGCACAAUCUCCUGUGUCAGCAGAAGAUCCAGAAGUUUCAGAUCGCCCAGGUGGUGAGAGAGUCCAAUGCGAUGCUUCGGGAGGGCUACAAGACGUUCUUCAACACCCUCUACCAAAAUAACAUCCCCCUUUUCAUCUUCUCCGCGGGCAUUGGUGAUAUCCUGGAAGAAAUUAUCCGACAGAAGAAAGUGUUCCACCCCAACAUCCACAUUGUGUCUAACUACAUGGAUUUCGAUGAAGAUGGUUUCCUGCAGGGAUUCAAGGGCCAGCUCAUACACAUAUACAACAAGAACAGCUCCGUGUGCGAGAACUCCCGUUAUUUCCAGCAGCUUCAGGGCAAAACCAACAUCCUCCUGCUGGGAGACUCCAUGGGCGACCUCACGAUGGCCGAUGGGGUUCCGGGCGUGGAGAACAUUCUCAAGGUUGGCUUCCUAAACGACAAGGUGGAGGAGCAGCGCGAGCGCUACAUGGACUCGUAUGACAUUGUGCUGGAGAAGGACGAGACGCUGGACGUGGUCAACGGGCUGCUGCAGCACAUCCUGCACCAGGGGGACUGGGUGGAGAUGCAGGGCUCCUGAAUGUGCGGGCACAGGGCGUGGCCCUGCAGCCGUGACGAGGAGGGAGCCUCGCCGAGAGGCCGUCCUGCCCGGAGCCUGGGGUGUACAGAGGACAGUCCACAGCAUCCGGGAGCUACUGGGUCCUCCCCCACCCCCACUCCUUUCCCUGACACAUUCCGUUCGUGUUCUUUGAGGCCUGAGGGGGGCUCUGCCAGGUGGGAGGCAGCAAAAGUCAUUCCAGAUGAGUCGGACCUGCAGGGUGUUUGCAUUCCGGCGGUCAUUUGGUCCAAGAUCCUUUUUUUCUGUGUUUAACGUGGAAAGCUGUUCUUCAAAAAAUCGGAUGUGUGAAGCAGAUAAAAAUAA